AGGUGAUCAGAGCCCUCACUACCUCAGGACAGGACCUGAGAGGCUUCCUUCCAUAUGGCACAGUGUAGGGAACCGAGUUAAAAUGCAUCAAGUUAAGGUUACAUUACAAAUAUUUUCAGUAUGAAGACUCAUAGCAGAAAGUGAGAAACAGAAACAAACUAGAGGACACCAAACUGGAGAAAAUAAGGAAGAAGUCAAAGACUUGGACAACUUUUUCAAAGUGUAACUGCAUAUUGGAUACAUGGCUCACACAAAUGAAUCGAUGGCGUCUGAGUUUGUACUUUUGGGACUGUCUAAUUCCUGGGAACUUCAACUUUUCUUUUUUGUCAUCUUUUCUAUAGUCUAUGUGACAUCAGUGCUAGGCAAUGUCUUAAUUAUUGUCAUUAUUUCUUUUGACUCCCAUUUGAACUCUCCUAUGUACUUCUUGCUCAGUAAUCUUUCUUUCAUUGAUAUCUGUCAGUCUAACUUUGCCACCCCCAAGAUGCUUGUAGACUUUUUUGUUGAGCGCAAGACUAUCUCCUUUGAGGGUUGCAUGGCCCAGAUAUUCCUUCUUCACAGUUUUGUUGGGAGUGAGAUGAUGUUGCUUGUAGCUAUGGCAUAUGACAGAUUUAUAGCCAUAUGUAAGCCUCUGCACUACAGUACAAUUAUGAACCAGAGGCUAUGUAUAAUUUUUGUGUCUAUUUCCUGGGCAGUGGGCAUUCUUCAUUCUGUGAGCCACUUGGCUUUUACAGUGGACCUGCCAUUCUGUGGUCCCAAUGAGGUGGAUAGCUUCUUUUGUGACCUUUCCUUGGUGAUAGAGCUGGCUUGCAUGGAUACAUAUGAAAUGGAAAUUAUGACCCUAAUGAACAGUGGCCUGAUAUCAUUGAGCUGUUUCCUGGCUUUAAUUAUUUCCUACACUAUCAUUUUGAUCAGUGUCCGGGGCAGGUCCUCCAGUGGGUCAUCUAAGGCUCUUUCUACAUUAACUGCCCACAUCACAGUGGUGAUUCUUUUCUUCGGGCCUUGCAUUUAUUUCUAUAUAUGGCCUUUUAGCAGACUUUCUGUGGACAAAUUUCUUUCUGUGUUCUACACUGUUUGUACUCCCUUGUUGAACCCCAUCAUCUACUCUCUGAGGAAUGAAGAUGUUAAAUCAGCCAUGUGGAAGCUGAGGAACCAUCAUAUGAACUCCUGGAAAAACUAGGGAUCACUAUGAAGGAGCAUAAUCCUGAAUUCGAAUGAAGACCCUCCAGUAUAUCACAGUGUCAUGCCAACCAUCUUUGCCAGAGAUAACGGGUUAUUGAGUUACAGAAUUGGCUUUUUGUUUUAAGUGCAAGAGAAUUGCAUCAAGUCAGUCUCU